UCCCAUGGCACAUCUCCAACAAGCAUCCAGUCCCCAUCUUUGUCUUCAUAAGUUGCCCAGCUAUGUCCCAGCAAGAAGAUUCAUGAUCAUGAAAUCCUGGAGGGGUUCGUUAAAUUUUGUGGUGCAAGACCAUUGUAUGUAUGGAUAACCUUGAUUGCUAAAGGAAAUGGAUCAGCUUUGAACUACUGCUACAGGUGCGGCCAUUAGCUUCAUUGGUUUUGGCAUCUGGUCAUUGAUGAGGACACACAGACUGCACG